GUUGAUGAUGAAGAUGAUGGUGAUGAUGUGGAUGCAGCUCAUCGUUAUGACGACGAUGAUAGAGAUGAUAAUGAUGAUGAUGAUGAUUAUGAUGAUGCUGAUGAUGAUGAUGAUUACAAUGAUGAUGAUGACGAUGAUGAUGUUGUUGAUGUUGAUGAUGAUGAUGAUGAUGGCUAUCAUGAUGAUAAUGUUGAUAAUGAUUAUGAUGUUGAUGCUGAUGAUGAAGAUGAUGAUGAUGAUGAUGUUGAGGAUUGGAAUGAUGCUUAUCGGGAUGACGAUGUCAUGUACAUGAUGAUGAAGAUGAUUAAGUUCCUGGUGAUGAUGAUGAUGACUAUCGAGAUGAAUCUGACAAUGAUGAUGAAAAUGAUGAUGAUGAUUCGGACGAUGCUUAUGGUGUUGACGAUGAUGACGUAG